CUCUUCACCUCACUGCCAGUCGUAAUUACGUAGGUACCUUCACGCCCUUCGAGUUCUCCCAAAUCCCCCGCCCAAUUCCCCGACAAUGUCCAGUGACGGCGGCGCCUUCCCGCGAUUCGACGUGACGGCGGACGCAUCCGAACACUCUAUUUGACCAAGCACCGGAACAAGGCGAAUUGCCCUCCGAACAUCUCCGCCGAGACGCACAAGCAGAUUAUGCGAGAAUGGAGGAUCCUGGAGAAGCACCUGUCAGACUCGAUUUGGGUUCGGGUCUACGAGAACAGGAUCGAUCUCCUGACCGCAGCCAUCGGCGGGAGCCAGGGGACGCCGUACCACGACGGCCUCUACUUCUUUGACAUUCGAUUCCCGCACGACUACCCUAAUUCGCCGCCAUGGGUCCGCUACAGGUCAUUCGGGUUUCGGAUGAACCCGAACCUGUACGCAAACGGGCGUGUCUGCAUGAGCUUAAUCAACACGUGGAUCGGGAAAGGGACCGAGAAGAGGAAUCCGGGCGAUUCGACGAUCCUCCAACUCCUGAUCUCGAUUAAGGGUCUCGUGCUGAACGAGAGGCCGUACUACAACGAGCCGAUUUUGGGGUUUUUGCCCAGGAUGUUAUCCGGCGACAAAAUGCCGAAUGUGUACAGCGAGGAUACCUUCGUUCUGAGCUGCAAGACGAUGUUGCGCCUGCUGCGGAGGCCGCCCAAGGGAUUCGAAUCGCUUGUGAAGUCUCAUUUAAGGAAAGGGGUUUUGAGAUCUUGUCGGCGAUGAUGGCGUAUCGUAGUGGGGAAUGUAGAGUUGGCUGUUACGGGAUUGGUGGUGGUGGGUCGUUAGUUCAGGGGCGGAAGGGUCAGCCGCCACAAAAGUUCAGGGCUGAGAUUAAGUAGCUGGUGCCGCUGCUGGCGGCUGCGUUGCCGAGACAGGGGAUUUUGUGGGGAAUUUCAUCGAGGAGUUGGCGGGUGAGAAGGUGGAAAGGGAUCGAGGUUGUGCGUGUUUUUGCUUAUGCUUCCUAUUCUCUAGUUGAUGAUCAAUUUCAUUAACUAUGUUUACUAGCUUAGUUUGGCCCUGCUGUAGCUUUUGCAGAAGCAGCUUCUAGCUAGAGCUUUUAGAUAAAUACUUAAAAAAAAAACAGUUUAGUGUUUGGCUAUAAAACUAUUAGAAGUGCUUUUUAAUAUGAGCGGUUGUGUAAAAUGACUAUAAAGGACUUAUAAUAUAAAAUAUGAAUAAAAAUUCUAAACAAUAAAAAGUAGUAAAAAUGGAUCUUGUUAGAUUUCUUUUAUAUUAAAUAAUAUGAUUUCAUAAUUUAUUUUAUUUUUAAAAUGAUAUAAAUGAAGAAAAUUUAUAUUUUCUGAAAUAAAAUUAAAAUAUGAUAAAAAUAAUCUUGUAUUUUCAAAACAGUUUUUCGCAGAAGCUCCAAAUCGGAGCUUCUGCUUUUACGUUAUACAAAAGCACUUUUCGGCUUUUCAAAAGCCGAGCUUUUAGAGGUAUUUGGCCCAGCUUCAGCUUUUGAAUUCGAAAAGAACCUCUAAAAGCCGGGCCAAACAUAGGCAGUAUUUGGUUAAGCCUACUCUCCAAGUAUAUUGAUAAUCGGCUUUAAUAUAUCGGAUUCUUGAACUUUAUGUGACUAUCCUAUGAUCUGUUUUAGCCGAUUGGUGCUAUUUUAGGGCUCGCUAACCCGGGAAUGGUUGAAAAACCAUUACUGCCUAGUGCCAUGAGUUUGAUAUGUUACAGGUGGAGAAAACACGAAAAAGAAGCGAAUGGACAAAUAAUUAAUUUGACUCAAAUCGCUUUGUCUUGGGGGAGAAUUAAUUUGGGUCGGGAUCUUCUAACGGGCUGGCGGCGAAAACAAUUGCUGGGCGGAUUCUCUUUUGGGAAUUAAUUGGCCCAAGGAGAGAAUUCUUUUUGGGGAGGAGGCGUGGGCGGACAGAUGAUUAUUGGCAGGAUUGGCGAAAGACAAUUUUUUGGAAAGAAGACGGAACUGGAAUUAAUUGAGGAGGAGGUUUAUUAAUUGGCAGGAUUGGCGAAAGACAAUUUUUUGGAAAGAAGACGGGGGUGGGAUACUAUGCUAACCCCUUAAGGGGUAGUGAUUUUCAACACCCCCUUUAUGAUUGGCCAAUUUUAUUUUCAAUCAUUGGCAAGUAUUAAUUAAACUGGUUUUUUAUUUUUUUUAAUCUUGUAAUUUUGGGGUCUCUCACCCACAUUGGAAAGGGAAAGAAUAUGGGGAAUCAGAAAAAAGCUCCCCCCCAAAUGUGCAAUUAAUUGCCUUUUUUUUCUUCCUUUCGUCUCCUUCUCUCUCCAUUUGGGCCCUCUUUCCAUUUUGAUUUCAUUUUAACCAGAACCCUCCUCUACUCUGAAACGACCAAAACCCUCCAGCGCCUUCCCCCACCACCAUCCUCCUAUCUCCAGCUGCCACCAUCCUGAGAUCGCCUCUGACCUACCUUGUGGAUUGCUCGCACCAGUGGAGUGGUACGUGUACCAGUGGAGUGGUAUUUGUAUCAUUGAAGUGGUACUGCAUUGUUGCUCCGUUAUUGUUUAUCAUUGUUAUGAAAAAUAUCAUUGCACUGGUAUUGUUCUCACUCUAACCUACCUUGUGGAUUGCUCGCACCAGUGGAGUGGUACGUGUACCAGUGGAGUGGUACGUGUAAUUAAUGUACCAGUGAGAGAAAUUAAUUAUGUAAUUAAUGGGGCUGAUUUCG